GAGAAUCUAAACUUGGAAUUCCGUCACAACCUUUCGCUCUCGCCUGGGGCGCAACUCCUUGAAUUCUCAACCUCACUUGAUACUCUGCAUCCUGGCCAUCCGGCUGGCUUGCGAUGCAUGACCGGUGUCUCAGUACCAGACAAAAUGUCAACCACUAACCCGAAUCUCGCUUCGACAACGGUCAAGCCCGAUGCGCCUGCGGCCAUUCAGACGAUCGCUGUUGGGCCUCUGACCACGACCUUCACACCUAACGGCCAAUGCACCGAUCCAGUCAAUGUGGGAGAUACGACAUAUACAGUGACAAAGGACGGCAGGACGGAGUUGACGGCCGUCUUCAACUAUCGCCAGAUGCUGCAAUGCGAAACAAGCAAGUUAAUGCCGGACUGUCUACCGACUGCCUUUUCUUCCGCAUAUGAAAGUGUCGGAACAGACAUCUCAACAAGGUAUCCUGUAUUCUCACCAGGAAACGCUUGCCCGGCCGGUUAUGUCGCAAACUGCACCAUGCAGAGUUCUGUCACCCAAUUCCACCCUGGCUCUAUUCAGGCAUGGCCUGUUCUCAAGGCUUCCGAGACAGCUAUUGGGUGCUGCCCCAAGAACUACGCUUGCGGCCAAUCCUUCACAGACUGUGUGUCGACUGUGUCGGCCGUCACUGGCGAAACUGCGAUUUCCUUCUUUCCCCAAGCAUUUUGCAAUGCAGCAUUAAAUAAAGGCCCCAUGGGCACCAGGCCGUUACAAGGAAAUGACAGGGCGAUUGUAACGGCUUUGCGAAUGAUCUAUGUUCAGGACCCAUCCGAGACAAAGUCCUCCGGUGUGCCCGGCAGCAGCUCGUCGUCAUCGCCUGCGUCGUCGUCGUCACCGUUGACAACGGCUGCAACAAUUGCGAUUGCCAUUUCCAUUGUAUUAGGGCUUAUCCUUUGCGGUGUUAUUGGAUACAUUGUUUACGAUCGGCGACGCAGAAAACAAAAACAGAUGAAGGAGCAGGAUCCAGGUGAUCACGAUGAUACCAUUCAGCUCAAGGCGGAACUAGACGCUUGGGAUACACCAAAUCUCAACAACCAGUCCAGAACUGGAACAAUGCGAGGCGAGCUUGAUGCCCAACCUGGCGUUUAUGAAAUGUCUGGCCCAGACGUCUACGAGCUAGCGGAGAAUUCCUUCCCUCCAGCAGAGCUCGACGCCAGCUCUACAAAAGCCCACCGACGAACGAACUCCAAGACGAAACAUAUUAGCAUGGAGCUACAUAGCCCAACGGCACCAGAUACGACAGCAGGGGGAGACACUCCAAAGCCUGAUCCCAGCCACGACACAGCUGGGACGACGUCGGCGGAUACCCGACAACCUCGGCUCUCUCGAAUAGAGGCGCUGGCAAAAGACAUUUCCAAGGCACGAAAGUAUUCCUACCAAGAUUAGACGUUUUCAUUUGUGAUUUUUCCAACAAAAUUUCUUCCACUUCUCAACAGCAUGGCGACGGCGAAUCCAGGCGUUUGAUUUUCCAAUAUCCACGGACCGGGUUGAUAUUCACUCUUAGCAUGAAGCUAGACCGUACAUAGCAGCAAUCAUAUCCAAGUACAAAUACUAUAAGCUGCGAAAUAAGUGUACUCAACUGCUAUCAUAAAAGCAUAAUGUUUUGGCUAGUUAUGGCGUAUCCAGCUCACACUUUGUCCAUAGGACUUCCAUCCUGAGUCUUGUACGGCCUCGGGAGCAGCGGAUGUUUUUUUCUUCAAAAUACGUCUGAUUAAAAAGCAUACCUGCGUGCCAGUGUCACGCUCGUGUUGACGGAGACUUGAUUUGGCAUCUCCGUGAGCCUGAU